GUCGCCAGGGCACGACCCGAGUAAACCCGAGCUCGUGUUUCACAGCCGAUGCUAUAGACAUGUCCGAUUCUGCUGCAGCUAAAGAGAGUGAGAGAGCAGGUUUAUACACGACCCAGCCUCACUCACCUCCUCACACACACUCUCUCCCACUCACGGAUGAUUGAUCAGCAGUUCUGGUGCCUCCUCUCAGGUUGCUAUAUUGGCAUUUAGCUGAGGGUGGAGGACAUGAGUGCCGGCUCGUCUGCUGAAGAGGAUCCACCAGAUGAUUUGGCAUCGUUUGUGGUUUUCUCUAACCCAGGGCCUUUUGAAUUCUCCGAAUCCCUGCAGCAUGUAGAGGCAGGGCAGAGCAAGGCCAAGCUCAAACACAGGCUGCUGUCUGCAUGGAACAAUCUGAAAUACGGAGGUUGGUCUCUGAAGUCCAAGCCUCGUCUCAGUAAGAGCGCCCCCGUGUGGCUGCUGGGACGCACGUACAGUCUCAGCUCUGAAGGUGAACGAGAGCAGUUCCGGCGGGUGUUCUCCUCUCUGCUCUGGUUGACUUAUAGGAGAAAAUUUGCUCCUCUAAGUGGCUCCUCUCUGACCUCGGACUGUGGAUGGGGCUGCAUGCUCCGCAGUGCGCAGAUGCUGCUCGCACAGGGACUACACACACACACGAUGCCCGAAGGCUGGACGUGGUCCGGGGCUCGUCACCAAAUCAGAGAUGAUCUGGAGGUCGGAUCCCCGCGGUCUGGGCCGAGGGUCUCGAGCAGGCAGUGGAGGAGACGCAGUGAGGGCAGUAUUCUGGAAAGUGUUGAGGACCGAGAGGAGCGCACACAUCGCCGACUGGUGGCCAUGUUCGGUGACACCCCCUCUGCUCCAUUUAGCAUUCACCAGCUGGUGGAACUGGGCAAACCCUUAGGGAAGCGGGCAGGGGACUGGUACGGCCCGUCCACCGCGGCGCUGAUACUGCGUGAGGCUGUAGCAGCAUCUAAUCUCACAGAUCUGACCGUGUACGUUGCUCAGGACUGCACUGUAUAUGUGGAAGACGUGAUGAGGCGCUGUGGGGGGUCUCAGUCUGAGGGUAAUACGUCUGUUAUUAUACUGGUUCCUAUCAGACUUGGUGGAGACUCACUCAAUCCUGCUUACAUCGAGUGUGUGAAGAAACUGCUUCAGCUGAAAUGCUGUAUUGGAGUUAUGGGAGGAGAGCCGAAGCAUUCCUUAUAUUUCGUUGGUUUUCAAGGUGAGAAGCUGCUGUAUCUGGACCCUCAUGUAUGUCAUUCCACUGUAGAUGUCUGUAAAGACCGCUUUCCUUUGGAGUCGUUUCACUGUAAGGCUGCAAGGAAGGUGUCCUUUCACCGCAUGGACCCCAGCUGCACUCUGGGAUUUUACACUAGAGACAGGAAGGACUUUGACUCCCUCAGAGCUGAUGUCACCAGGGCUCUGACAUCAUCUAACCACACGUAUCCCAUCUUCACCUUCGUGGAGGGCAGCAGAGAGAAGGAGAGUGGGCAGGAGUGGUUGACCACGGACACCAUAGCAAACAUAACAGACAAACACAGAUCGAGAGGGAGGAAGAAGCCUGACGACAUGGAUGGUUUUGUGCUGCUCUGAUUGGUUGAGUAAGGUUUAUUCCAUCAACAAAUUGUAUCCGGAGAGCCCAAAGCUGUUUUUACUGCUUUUUUUUUUGUUUUUUUUCAUCUGAAGGUUUCAGAGGUCAUGUAAGAGCAUUUAAAGGGUCACUCAACUAGACCAGCAAAAUCCAAUCUGAUUAUGUAUCCUGAAGACCUUUAGAUUUAAGGUGGAGUUUUGCUGCAGAAGAUAACCCUUGUUUAUGCUCCUGUUAGGAAGCUAGGAGCAUGCUUCAAACUGACUUCCUCCAAAAUCCAUUCAAAGCAUUUUUUUUUUUACCUUGCCUGAGAUGUGUUUAACAAUCUUCUGUAUAGGAAUGUUCUGUAGGGUCAAUAACCCCUAGAUAAACACACAGAGAUAAACCACCUCCUCCAACAUCAGUUUGAAGCCCCUGGAAACACGUUUUUAUGUAUAGAUUUUUUGGGGGUUUUAAGUUUAAAUAGAAACACAAAGCAGAAAUAUAAUUUAACUCUGAUAAAAUCAAAAUGCACUUUUCACACCUCUCUCAGAACUGUGUGGGCAUGGUCACGAUAUUCUAAUGAAUGUACGUGACUGGCAGUCUUACAUUGGUAAACAAAUAUUUGUUUACAUUACUAUGACGAUGCACACAACCCUGAGUUGCUGUGCCAUAACUAAAUAUUUGGAUAGUUUGCUAAUUAGCUGCUUAGUGACAGCUUAUUAGCUUGCUGGUUCCAGUUGCUUAGACUCAAAGAGAGGACAGAGCUCUGGUAGCCUUGUGAUUGGUCAGGGUUCUGCUGACAUCAGCACAUUUAUACAUUUAUAUUAAAGAACAGAGGAGCCAAAUCAUUCCAAUUAAAAAGAGUCCAGUGCCAUUUUCAGGAGCAUCACAUUGCUAGUCCAAGUUUUUUAGAUGACCAGGCAAAGGCUGAAGGCUGAGGUAGGCUGUAGCAGUAGGUACUCAGUUUAAGGUUUAAAACUACAACAAAUUUGCUGUCUUCACACUUGGAUUUAAACAGUAGUCUCAGUUAACAAGCUGAAUGCUACAUUGCUGGCAACAAAAAGUUAAACAAAAGCCAUAGAUCACAGUUUUAAACUAUAAAAAUAACAUUACGUUCUCAAACAUUCUCAACUGUUAGCAAUAAGUAGUCUGUAGCAUAGAUACCAAGGCUAGCAGAGCCAUAUUACAGAUCCAAACGCUACAAACUGUUCAUCAAUUCUUCAAUGGUGUAAAAUAUGUUUUUGAAUGCUAAUUAGACCUUCAGUUUUUUAGUAUUAUAUUCAAAGGUUUUGUGCAGUAGAAUGUACCUACCCGUGCAAUAAGGGGGUUUUAAUGUGGAUCUCUGCAUCCUGACCAGUUUAUAAAUGUUCAUAAUUCAAUUUUUUUUACUGUUCUGAUACACAAACCUUCUAAAGAUUUAUACUACAAUUUUAUGUUGAGAAUCCUUCUAUGUUCUUAUUAAGUGUGUGUAUACUUUUAAAGAACAAGACUUCUGUGAUUAGGAAAUUCUUAAAUCAGAAAUAUGUACUGUUAUACAGCUGUAUUUAAUAUAUCUAUGCUGUGAUUUUAAAAUCUGCCAAGUUCAUUUUAUACUUUGUAUUAAUGAUGAAAUAGAUGAUUUCACACCAUGAAUAGUGGAGUAAAUGAUAAUUUAGUUUUUUAGGGAAAUUUAGGGUCUGGGUUUAAUAAAAGGAGUUCCUGUAAUAUUUUACAGCCUCAGCUUCACACUUCAGUCUGAUUGAUUGUAUUGAUCUGGAUUAGCAUUAAGCUGUGGUUUCGCACUGUUGCUGAAAGGUUAGGGUCCAGAUGAAUGUGUUGAAUUAUUGUCUAAGAGGAUUUAUGGUUUACAUCCAGUUAAAGCUGCUGAAAAUGCUGAACUCUCUGUUUUCUUAAACAGUAUUUAUUUUGUGUGUGUUUUUAUAUACAUGUGUUUUCUUGCUUUUUGCAGGGGAUUGUAAGUACUUUAAUCACUGUACUUUUAUUUUCUUUGAAAUAGUUAUAAAUUUAUGUAGAGUAUAACUGUAUUAAACAUGUUCAGCCUAUUAAGGAUAUAGUAUGUAUGAUAUGUAUUUAUGUUUAUUUGAACACACUGGAUCAAGGUUUUGAGUUAAAGAGCUGAAAGGUUUCCUGAUUUGUUGAAGAGGUUAAAUAAAUCAUUUUAAAUAUAUUUAUGUUUUUUGAGUUUUGAAGAUUUUUUUGUUAUGUUUAUGCCUUUAAUUUAUUCAUUAUUAUUCAUAGCUAUUUUCAUAAAAAUGUUGGGCUAUAUAAAUAUAUGCAACAAUUCCUAUCCACCCUGUCAUCUUGUGAUAACCUUUAAAGAAGGGUUACUUUAAAUAAAAAAUCUUUGGCACCAGUGA